AAAUACGGGCCCUGGUCUAUAAUUUUACCCAAACAUAAAAAUGUAGCAUCAUCUGCAAAUAAUACACAUUUUAACAACCCGACACAUUAACCAAGUCGUUCACAUARAAAAUAAACAACUUUGGUCCAAGCACAGAACCCUGAGGAACUCCACAUGUGAUGUUACAGAGUUCAGAUCUUAUAUCAUGUAUUUGUAAAAAUUAAAUAAAAGAGAAACUUAAAGUGAUGUUGAUUCAUUCAGGAUGUGGCAAAUUUAAAAAAAAUAAAUUAAAAUUUACUGGAAGACAGACUAAAGCUCAGCAACGUAAGGAUUUCAAAAUAAAACAAAGAAAUGAAGAAGUGUGUGUGUGUGUGUGUGUGUGUCUGUGUGUGUGUGUGUGUGUGUGUGUGUGUGUGUGUGUGUAGGGGGAAAUGUGUGUGAGUCCUCCGUGUUUCCACAUUCUCACACACAUGUUGAUGUCUCUGGCUGAAGGUCGACUCGUUCUGGCUCUGGAGGGAGGGUACAACCUGCAGGCCACAGCAGGAAGUGUUGCAGCCUGUGUCAGAGCUCUGCUGGGUGGAGCCUGUCCUGUGUUGACUCCGCCCACUGCUCCCUCUGACAGUGCUCUGCAGUCCAUCUCUCAGACCGUCUCAGCUCAGUGUCUGUACUGGGCCUCACUGCAAGUCCCAG